AUAAAAGACAAACUAACUAGUCUUGGCUCGUAAGUUAGCCAUUACUUGUACAAACUCUUGCGCAGCUCAUUAGGUUUAGUUUUCGUAUUUGUUAAAAAUUAGCAUCAGAGGCUAGGUAGCGGAACUAGAUGAACGACAAAAGUUCGCUCAGUUUAGUGUGUCGGCCGAUCGAACAUAUGCAAAACGAUUUGAUGCGGCUAAAACAUUUUUGAUUACACAUAAUAGUUUGCAACAUAAAUUGCACAGUAAAAUUCGUAGUAAAGUGAAAAUUAUAAAAAGACAAAACAAAGUUACUCUGAUCGGCUGCCCUGCAUGAACUAUUUAACGAUUUUGCUGUGCAAUCGUAAACCAACGAUGCUCUCGCGCCGGAGCAAGGAUAAAUCACAGGCACAUAAAGAGGGCGUAGUUGGGAAGUAUGUAAAGAAGGAUACCCCGCCGGAGAUACCGGUGAUAAAUGUGUGGACUUCCUAUUCCGAUCAACAUCAACGUGCAAAAAAGAAGUCUUUGCAGAGGUGUGCAAGUACUUCGCCCAGCUGUGAGUUUAAGCCGCGCAGCUCGAGUUCUAGUCGCAAUACGUAUUCUUGUAGUGACGUUCAGCCGGAUUACUAUCACGCGCGCAGAGCUCAAAGCCAGUUGCCGCUUAACAAUCAGCAAUCACUUCCACCACAGAAUAACACACAAUUUCGAGUUGGCAGCACCCAGCUAUGCCAAGGAAACAGUAACUACGUCAACAUUGAGCAAAUGGACCGUAUGCGACGUCAGCAGUCAUCACCGCUGCUGCCAAUCAACAAUCCAGCAAGGGGCUUCCAGCGAAGUUAUUCUACCCAAAAGCCCUCGCAACCGCAUGGGGGUACAACUAGCUAUGACGUCGAUCAUGGACUUCUUAACACCUCCUACGCAAAUAUGACACAAAUGCCGCGCCGACCCCCAUCACCUGCACAGUUCGCAAUGCAGCAACCUCAACAGCUCCUACAUCACCCUUCCACAACAUUUGGAUCAGUGAUUCGAUUCGAGCCGUCUACAAUAGCAACAAAAGAUCAACCACGGUAUCCUCAGACAAGAUCACCAUUAGGACAACAUCAUCAGCAUCAGCAACAACAACAACAAUUGGCAGCGCAUAUGGUUGGUAGUUAUUCCAGCGAUUCGUAUCCAAUAUAUGAGAAUCCGUAUCGCGUUUCUUCCAUGCGGGUGACGCCAUCACAGCGCUCCGAAUCUCCAAUAUACAGUAAUACAACAGCGUCAUCGGCUACGCUUAGUGUUACUCCACAUCAUCAUCAUCAUUUACCAGUACCCUUAGGUGGAUCUCUGAGUGGUCGAGGCGGCAGCAUGCGUGGCGCCUCUACUUCAGUUCAAUCCCUUUAUGCGCCACCUCUCACGCCGCCUGCAUCCAGUACUUCAACUGCUGGAGAUACCAAUGGUAACGGAGCGUUGCGAAAAGUACCCUCACAGCAGUCGCUUGAUGAGAGCGAAGAAUUGCCACUGCCGCCGGGUUGGGCCACACAAUACACGUUGCAUGGUCGGAAAUACUAUAUUGACCACAACGCACAUACAACGCAUUGGAAUCAUCCAUUGGAGCGCGAGGGUCUGCCGGUUGGUUGGCGCCGCGUUGUCUCGAAACUGCAUGGUACCUAUUAUGAAAACCAGUAUACCGGGCAGUGCCAGCGGCAACAUCCAUGCCUUACAUCCUAUUACGUUUAUACCACGUCAGCAGAACCUCCUAAAGCAAUACGGCCCGAAGCACCAAUGUAUUCACCACCUUCACAUACACAUACCGCAUUGGUGCCAGCCAAUCCCUACCUACUUGAAGAAAUACCAAAAUGGUUGGCUGUCUAUUCUGAGGCGGACUCCUCCAAGGAUCAUCUGCUGCAGUUUAAUAUGUUUAGCCUGCCUGAGCUCGAAGGCUUUGAUAGCAUGUUAGUACGUCUCUUUAAGCAAGAGCUCGGUACAAUCGUCGGGUUUUAUGAGCGCUAUCGUCGCGCUUUAAUCCUGGAGAAGAAUCGACGCGCCAAUCACAACAAGCUACAAUGAUUAUACAGGAGUAUAUACUGGACUUGUUAUCUCAGCUUUGGUAGUCGCAUCUAACUUUACGAAUUUGCAAUUCGCACAACCGGUGUAUUUUUACAACUUACUGAGAUGUUUUUUCAAUGUUUCGUUAGUUCAGUUUGUAAACUGUGAUAUUAUUUGACUUAAAACGAAUGAAAAAUGGUUUCAAGAAUAUGAGUAAUUGUGUUUAACUGAACUAAAAAAAUGGUCUACGCUUGCAAACCGAUAUUCAUAUGUUAGGGUUUUCAAAUAUUAUCUUAUUAUUAUUUGAAGCUUGCGUUUUGGUGUAUGCAUAUUAACCAGUUUAUUAAAUUCUUGUGUUUUAAUAAAAAUUAGAUAUGAAAUAGUA